GUCCACUCAGAAAGCGGCCGUUGGGGAGGCGGGAAGGCGCUGGCGGUUUGAAGGUUGGUGGGUGCAGGCCACUUCGGUGUCGCCGCCUCGCGCCCUGUCCCGCUCCCCAGACUCGGCUCGACUCGACUCGGCGGGAACGAGGCGGCCGCUGUUCGCGUCUCGUCGGGCGGGAGAGGGAGGAAAGUCCCCGUCCGCCCCUCGGCCCAGCACCCCGGCGGCGGGAGCCCGGGCCCGGGGCUGCGGGCACCGGGCACGGUCAGUGCCGGUCCGCCUCCUGGCGCCCAGCACCCGUCGCUGGCGGCGCAGCAAACGAAGCGGGCCUCCCGCUGUUACUGUUCGCUGUGGUAGAGUGUUUGCUGCAGCGCUAUGGCUAAUAUAAAGACAGAAGAUGAAAUAAUUCUCUUUGAAAGAGAGAUGAAAGAGUUUUGGACCAAAUUAAAAAGCGUUUAUGGCACUGAACAGAUCAGUCAGACUCUGGCACUGAGAGAUUCAUGCAAGGAAUCCAUAAAAGCACUUUCAGAGAAGUGGUCCAAGAAGCUGAAAGAAGGGGACCUGAUGAUUGAUAAAAUUCAGGAAUAUAGCAAGGAGAUUCUCCAGCAGAGCCAACGCAUAUCAGAAAAUCAAGAGCAUUUGACAGAAAUAAAAUCUAACCUAAAUCAAGAAGAGGUGCAAAAUAAGGACUUGACUGACAGCAUCCAAGAGCUUAAAGAAGAGUUGAUGAAGAAAAAGGAAAUAAUAUCUUCUAAAAACAAAGCCACUAAGGAGAGAGUGGAACGACUGUGCAAGUCUAAAGUACUGUUUGAAGAGCGGCUUGGAUUGGAGAUAUGCAGAAUUAACAAUGAACAAUUACAAUUUAUAUUCAGACACAUUGACCACAAAGAUCCUGACAAGCCAUAUAUGUUUACCCUUUCCAUAAAUGAACAGGGGGAUUAUGAAGUGACUUCCUGUACUCCUUCUCUGGACUGUAUAGCAGAGUUCCAGCUGAAAAUGAGAGAAACUAACAAUUUUUCUGCAUUUGUUGCCAACAUCAGAAAAGCUUUCACUGCUUUAUCUUAUAAACAGUCUGCAUAAAACUAGUGUAUACCUCUCUAGCUGUAGAACACUCUCUUCUUUCCUUCCUGUAUUGUGAAAGUAUGUAUUUACCCAUGUCUUACUCUAAUUUCUAAAUAAAGAAAAAUAAUGAAAACGGUAUUUUAGUCCGCUGUCAUCUAGAGACAAUUUGGAUCAUUCUUUUGACAGUAUAAUCAACUACUUCCUUAACUGUAUAUCUCCAGACAUGUAAUUUUGAUCCAGUAGCAAGCAGCUUAAUGAUGUGAUGAUCUCUCUCAAGCUACUGCAGGAAGAUAUUUAAAAUAAAGUAUUUUCUGUAAUUUGUGUCUCUUCUAAAAGUGUAGAAGUGUCUUUCAGGUUGUGUGGGGUUAGAAUAGGCCUGAAGCCUACCAAAAUAAUGCCCUGGAGCUUGGCAAUGACUUCAGUUACUUGUGUCACAGGUCACUACCUUUAUUUUUUUCCCUGUCUUGUAUUCUCCAGUGUUACCACUCAUUUUCAUGUAUGUAAAUCACUGGUUUGGUCUGUUUAGCUAUAUACUUUAUUGCCUACUUCAGAUUCCUGUCUGGAUGCCUAUUUCUGUUGUUAGUUACAAAACCAUUUGAUGUACAUGCUAUUAUUGAAUAAAUAUCUUAAAAGGA